AUCGUGAUCGUGAUCGUGAUCGUGAUCGUGAUCGCGUAAGCACCCUCUCUGUUGUCUACCCAACGCGAGGUCCUUCGCUUCUUAAAGAGUGAUUGCUAGCAUGAUACAAGGGAGGCAGCCGUUGCAAUGAUCGCGUCACGUCUCAGUCCGGCCGGCCGGACGGCUGUGUUGCCACAGCUUCAGUCAUCGAGGGCAGUCGCAUCGACUGCACUUUCGAGAUCACCCUGGCGUCACCAACAGACUCGAGGGAUCAGGCUUGAAUUCUGGUCUUGGAACCUCCAGCCUGGCUCGCGUGGUCAUCAGGCACGCCACAAGAUAUCGAAGAGUGCAUACAUCGAAGCCCUCAAUCGACAGCUCCUCCGAAACCGCCAUCACAGGUUGCAUAUCAGCAAUUCCAGUAUGAAGAGCUUCAUGUGCAGCGCAUUCUAUGAAGACAAAUCCAGGGUUAAUUUGCAGAAACUCAAGAAUGACGCCACUUCAGGGUCCAUCAAUACCUCGCGUAAAGCUACGACAGAUGGACACAGUGGGACCCCAAGCAACGACGGAUUACUUAACUUGAAAUACGAAAUCGAUUCAAUUACAAAUCGAAAGGUCUUCAAACAAGAUUCUAGCACGUUGAGCGCUCAGACCGACACCCCGGCGAGCCAUAUAUCGAUCCAAAAAUUAUACGAUCAUGGACCCCCAGUCUCACAAUUCCCUGGUCCCCAACCCCUUCCAAAACAGUCCGCUACAACUACACGUGAUGGCCCGUCUACCACUGCUUCUCAAAGCAAAGGCGCAUAUGUUACAGACAGCGAGCUAUACCGGGAUGGACGGACUGUAGAGCAGGAGCUCGGGGUUUACACGCCUUUCCAGCACAAUGAGCCAGAUGGACACUUCCCACCGCCGCCAGAUCCUGUUGAACAGGCUCUAAGCAAUGGACGGCCGUUGGAAGAGGAGCUUGGCGACUACCAGCCUUUCCGAUACAACGAGCCAGAUGGACACUUUCCACCACCACCAGAUCCUGUUGAACAUGCUCUAAACAAUGGACGGCCGUUAGAGGAAGAACUUGGCAUCUAUAAGCCUUUCCGGUAUAAUGAACCAGAUGGACAUUUUCCACCGCCGCCAGACCCUGUUGAGCAGGCUCUAAACAAUGGACGAUCGCUAAAGGAAGAACUUGGCAUCUACAAGGCUUUCCGACACAAUGAGCCAGAUGGACACCCACCAGUGUCAGCAGAUUCUGCUGGCGGGACCUUGGGAAACAGACUACAGCUAGCUGAUGAACUUGGAGUUUACAAGCCGUUUCGAUACAACGAGCCGGAUGGACAUUUUGCACCACCGCCUGACCCAAUGAACAAAGCUUUAAAUGACUUUGACCAGGAAUGGGACCCCGAGCUUAAGGCCUAUACAGCUUUCCGUCACAAUGAGCCAAAUGGACAUAUUCCACCGCCACCCAACCCUGUGGACCAAGCUCUGGAAGAUUUUGAUAAAAAAUGGGACCCCGAGCUUGAUGCCAACAGCGCUUUCAGACACAAUGAGCCAGAUGGACAUUUUCCGCCACCGCCUGACCCUGUGGAGCAGGGUUUAAACGAAUUAGAUCAGAAAUGGGACCCUGAGCUUGAUGCUUACGUACCUUUCCGACACAACGAGCCAAACGGACAUUUUCCACCCCCAGCAGACCCGGUCAACAAAGCUCUUAACGAAUUUGACCAGAAAUGGGAACCCAGACUCGAAAAUGACAACUUUUUUUUCGAUGAAGACUUUGAUGCUGAGCGUACUUCCAAAGAUACAUCGUCUAAGAUAAUAAAGAGCUCCAGGAAAGAGUCCAAUAAAGAAAAACAGGCGAGGAGGAGAAAGAUGGAAGAGGAUUUUGAGACAUCCUCGGCCCAGUUCUCAAAGGACAUUGAGGCUGUUGCAAAGAGUGAUAAAAUCCGAGUCGCGCGCGAACGUGCUCAGGAGUUUGAGAUUGAAAGAAGCGAAUUGCUGAACCACCAGGGACAUCUUCGUGGGAAAGUAGAUGCCCGUCUCAGAGAGAUUGCCGAGCUAGACCAACGUGAAGCUGGGAAGAUGCCUGUCUCCGAGUCUCCUCCGGAGCGAGACCAAGCAGGUUCCAGUGCUAAGGAUGCAGAGCCUGAGCCAUUUGUUUUUGUUACUUCAUACGGCACAGAUUUGUCAGCAGCUGCAAAAGCAGUGGAGGGAUCCAAAGGCAAGAAAGCAAAUGUCAAACGCGACAAGGAAGCUAGACUGAAGAAGGCACUCGUCAACGAAUUACGGAGCAUAUAUCAGGAUUCUUACGGCGCAGAAGAACCGCAACCAACGCUCUACAAGAUUGUUGCCUAUAACCCAGACACGAAAUCCAUUCUGACCACUGAAACGACAUCUAUCGUACCGCCUGGCAACAGAAAGCCCCUCUCUCCAGCUUCGGUCCUGCCUCGGCUAUCAAAGCCAGCAAGUUUCCUUCCACAUAUUGCGCCGCUGCUAGAUGAGGGCUAUGAAAUUGCUUCUGGGGAUGGGCAUGUGCUUGUGUUCAGAAAGGUCCGCGACGGCCCGCCUCUGGGGAGCCCAGCAGCCAAGGCCGAAACAUAUACUCGGGCUAGAAAUGUGACAAACCCAAUCGACGGCAUGCAAUCCAUUCGCCCCGCGACCGGCAAUUUUGCCAGCCCAACUGGCUUCGUGAACCACGAUCUUCCUGAAUAUCAUAUCAAGCCCGGGACGGAAUCUGGCCACGGUAGCCACAGCUACGGUAGCUCAGGAUCUAGCUGGAAAGACCAGAAAUGGUACGAUAGAGCAGCACGAAGGCAGAAGGGAAAGAGGAAGGCCAAGAGGCUCCUGAUCGGCGCCGUAUGGGUUGGGGGACUAUCAUACGCCGUCGGCGUCGUGGCAGAGUUCUUCCGCACCGGUGGUAUUGAUGGGAAGGGAGCUGUGGGGCUCUAAGUUAGAAAGUUAGAACUGGCCCUAGCUACAACUCUUACAAGAAUGGAUUUUUGGUCGACCCCGCGGGUUGGGUGGGUCAUACAGUGGGGGUGGACGCCAAUACCUGUACACACACAACCCCCCCACACACACACACAAUUACCCAAUGCAGGGAACUGAGAGUUGGCAAACUGGGAGUUACUGGUUGUAAAUAGUCGACGUCAUACCCCAUAUCGCGGGGUUCUCUUUGGUAGUUUUUAGUUUUCUGCAUCACUCACCUUAGUUACUCUCUCCUCGCCCCGUAGAAGUAGAAGAACAAUCACAUUUUCUUAUCUGAAUGGGAGUUUAAUUGUGACUGGUGUGGCUGAGAUAAGUGAAUACUAAUAGUGACGUCCGCUGUGAACGAUGGGCAAUCAGCAAGGAGGGGAUUUGGUUUGAGUUUGGUGCCGGAUUCAGUCGUAGUUUGCGGCUUUAUAAAAUACGGAAUCGCAUGGGAUUGACUCUUAUCUACUCCGUACAACUGACUUCUUAGAGUAGCGGUUUCCAAUGAAGGAAGCAUUGCAAGAAUAUAUUCGACCAAUGCAGCUCUUUGGGCCAGACAAGUGUAACUUCGUCGGUCAUAACUUCGGUCAUCAACGGUGUGGCUGAAGCGUCCCU